CAUGUAUUGACCGAAUAAGAGUGUCUUUUACAGUCCGACCGGAACACUUUACAACUUCUCUGUGCAAGUGAGUGCUGAAAGCUCUUACUCCUCCGCGGUGGCAGAAAAUAUGCGACCUGCGACCUCCAAGCACCAUGACGGUAUGUUGCCAUCAGCUCCAAUAUCUGGGACGGGGUCUCAAGCAGAUCAAGAAGCGCACUACCGCUUCCUCCACAGCAUGUUGAUGGAGAAGAAGCUCCACCUGCUCUUUAAGAUCUACGAGCGGCUGCGGCGCUUUGUGAAGCGAGGUCCUGUUCCCGUUCAAGAGCACGCAACCAGUCUGGCCUCGCAUCUUUUUAAAGACCUGAUCCAGCAUGAAUGGAGAGAGGAAGUCAAAGAACUGUUUGCCCUGUUUUCCAAACCUCACUUUAAGAGUCUUUUGCAUGUCCAUGAUGCAGUCGCUCAGAGAGACUAUGAGCCUACGCUGCCACCAAUACCUGACAGCAUAACGGAUGACGAAGACGAUUCCGUCAAGAUUGUCAGCCUCGUCAAAACCAAAGAGCCCCUGGGAGCAACAAUUAAGAGGGACGAAUCCACCGGGGCGAUUGUCGUGGCGAGAGUCAUGCGAGGAGGCGCUGCCGACAAGAGUGGCCUGAUCCAUGAAGGAGAUGAGCUAAAAGAGGUGAACGGUGUCUCCCUGGAGCGCAGGAAGCCCAAAGAAGUUCUUCCCCUCCUGGCACGCUCUCGAGGUGACGUCACAUUCACAAUCGUUCCUGCCUCCUCCAAGCAAGAUGUGUCGUCCAAUAAAAAGUUGUUUGUAAGAGCGCUCUUUGACUACAACCCAAGAGAGGAUCCGGCGGUGCCGUGCAAGGAUGCAGCAAUUGCUUUUAAAAGAGGCGACGUGCUGCAGAUUGUCACCAUGGAGGAUGACGCCUGGUGGCAGGCCUGCCUUGUUACUAAUAAUAACAACUCCCGAGCAGGACUCAUCCCCUCACAGCAGCUCCACGAGAGAAGAGUUGCACUGCAGCGACCCAAAGCCAUGUUCCAACCGCAGCAAGUCAAACCAGCAGUUUUUCCAGUCGAGGAGGAUGUCGACUACGGCGCUAUAACUGGAAUCCACAUUGCUGGCUUGAGAAAGAGUUUCCGACUCGGCAAGAAGAGUAAUUGGGUGAAAGAAGCAGCUCGUUCCAGGAGGUGGAGCUCCGGAGUUCAUGACUCCAUUUGUCCACCUACCUACGUCGAGGUCAUCCCUUACCACAAAGACCCUAAAGACAGACACCGUCUGGUCGUAUUGGUCGGCCCCAGCGGUGUUGGCGUUAAUGAACUGAAGAGGAGGCUCCUGAUCUCAGACCCUGACGUCUAUGGUGUAACUGUACCAUACACCACGCGUGACAGGAGAAGCCAAGAGACAGAAGGAAUGGAUUAUCAUUUUGUGUCGGUCCUCAAAUUCGAGGAGGACAUUCUCAACCACAGGUUUAUAGACUAUGGGAGAUACAGAGGCCACUACUAUGGAACAAGUCUGGACUCAGUUUACCGUGUGAUGGCUGAGGGCAAAGUGUGCCUACUGGACGUGCACCCUAGUAAACUCAAGCGUGUCUACACGUUUGAAUUCAAACCGUAUGUGGUUUUUGUGACGCCACCCGGUAUCGAGGAGUUACGCCUCACCAGACGGAGAGUCAAAUUCAUCUGUGAGAAAGAGGACGCAAACCAAGCCAGGAUGUUCUCAGAGGAAGAUUUUGAAGACAUGAUUCACUUGGCUGAAACCAUGGAAGCCCAGCAUGGUUACAUGUUUGACAAGGUGAUCGUUAACGGAGACAUCGCCACGGCCUUCAGAGAGCUUAAGGCGGACCUCCAGCGGACGGAGGAGGCAGAGGUCCGCUGGAUUCCUGCAGAGUGGCUUCGCUUCUCGCCAGCAAUGGCAAGGAGGAGUUGUGGUCUUUUGGCUGGCUGGAUUUGAACUUUAACGUAGAUGUAAGCAGAAUUUUACACGGAUUAGUGGGUAGUGCAUAGCUUUCUGCUUGUAGCACUCAUUUCCCCCAUUUAUGAAAGGUUUUCCAUUUAUAAACAAUGCCUGCGAUCGCUACAGUAUGACUUUUCCAUAAAGUUGUCCCUUAACAUGCAGCUAAUUACGUGAACAGACUCUAUCUUCCAUUCUUUGUCGCAGAGCCAGUUUUUCUAUUGGUAUUUUGGCUAAAAUAACAUAAAAAAAUAAAAAGUGGGGAAGGGUGAUGGGGGGGGGGCGUUCUGCUCAGCAGAGCUUGUGGCUGAGCGUUAUCCUUCCCUGCCAAGUCGCAAACAUCAGCAUGGAAUUAUUCUGACAGCUGCUGCACUUCAAUUAACUGUAAUGCACACCAGAGGAAUAUUAUUAGUAGCAGGCGGGGGAAACUGUACAAUUUAGGGGCAUAAACAAGAAAACAUUCCCUUAAAUCCUGUGCAGACGCUUCAGUUAAAUCAGGGGUGUCCAAAGUGCGGCCCGCGGGGCCACUUGCAACCCCCAAUAUUUUUAUUUAUGAUGUAUAUUGCAAUACAAAUUUGACGUGAUCUGUUCCGUAUUUCUCUUAUUUCUCUUAUCUCUCAUGUGAAAUGUGAAUUUCUCUUGGAGAGUAAUAAAGUAUCUAUCUAUCUAUCUAUCUAUCUAUCUAUCUAUCUAUCUACCUAUCUAUCUAGCAUCUCUGUAUGUUCUUCAAGCGCAUUUUUAUGUUCCGUGAGAGUGACGACCUGCAUCGUUGUGAUUCCCUGUCUACCCAUUGAUAUCGAGGCAGCAGUCAGAGCCGGGGCUAAGAUGAAAAAGUCAAGCGGCAAGGAAGUGGAGAUUCAAGCCUUUGGUACCUUCUAUUAUCAUGGGAAACGUGAAUUCACUACCAAGCAAGAUCGACGUGCUGGCAAGAACUUUCAGGGAGCGCAGCUUAUUUGUGCCUCAAUGAAUGGCUAACAGCUAGCGUGCCUGAGGCUAACGUGAGGAGCUAGCCGACUUCAUUACAGUCAGAGCGACCAGGAACACAAGAGCCUGUGGAAAGCGUAAAGGAGGUGGGCUUGCACUGUAUGUGAACAAACUGUGGUGUCAUCCUGGCCAUGUGAACAUUAAAAUGUCCAUCGAUACAGCAUUUUUUUAAUAUCGGUUUUCAUUGUCGGGGAAAAAAACCCGAUACCGAUGUCUACCGAUAUCACAUUUUCAUGCAAUAUCGGGACGAGAUUAUAUGUGGACCGAUAUUAUCGGACAUCCCUAGUAAUUUUAGUAGCAAAAGUAAAAAAAAUAAUAAUAAUUUGAAGUUGAAGUUGGGAAAAUUAGGUUGCGAAAAAAGAUAUAAAAAAAUAUAUGGGGAUAAAGUCAAAAUAUUACGAGAAGAACAUUUACUAGAAGAAA